CGGCUAAUUAUAAGGACGGCUGGGACUUUCCCCCAUUCUCGGCACAUGUUAACGAUGAGUGUGAAGUUGUCGGUCGCGGCACACUAAAUAUGAAAUCAAUUGCAAUCCAAUACUAUGAAGCUAUGAAUCGAAUACAGCAAAAUACAACAUUGCUUAGAGACGUUUAUAUGAUUAUUACACCAGACAAAAUUUCGGGAUCUUUAAACGGAAUUGCCUUGUUCGCUAAAACCGAAGAAUUCAAAGCAAUUAAUGUCGGUGUUGCUCUGGACGUUGGCAUCCCAACUCCAACUUCAGAAAUUCAGAUUGUCAAUCAAGAUAAAACUCAAUGCAUAAUACAACUGGAUUGCUACGGGGAACCCAUACAUAGUGCGUUUCUACCAGAUGUUAAGACCACAGCGGCUGACCCGUGCGGACGUUUCUUCGUAGGUUUCACUCAGUUCAGGGAGGAACAAUACAGAUUGUCACUGGAGAGCGAGGACUCUAGUGAAUAUACAGCAGCAAAUCUCAUCGGUGUUAAAGGAGUAACUCCAUACCGAAUAGUGCCUUCGCAUUUUAGAUAUUUUUACGUAGCAUAUUUGGCGCACAACACUUCUAUUGCUGAUUUUAAUAGAACGGUCCGAGGAUGGGUUCCAGAAGGCGAAAAUGUUAAAAUAAGUGUAUACUACGAAGCUACGAGAAGCGCUACAACUAAGGCAGACAAUACUAACCCUUACUGGGUGGCUAUUGAAGAAGCAUUCAAAGAACUAAACAUUACUGUGCGUCCGUCUACAAUACCCACAACAACGGAUGCUAAAUUCAUUGUAGAAGCUUCAAUACCUACAUUCGGUAUAUCUCCGCAGCGCUUCACGGUGCCUUUGAUUGGUGGAGUUAACGAACGUCUCUCGAUAACUGUCUUCAAUGAAGGUAUCAGGAUUUACCAGAAGAUCAUUCCGCAUCUCGCUAAUUUACCAAAAGAUAAAAUUGCUGAGGACCCUGGGACUUAUUUGAUUCAACCUACUAUCAUAUAAAAUGGAUAAAUGUCUAAAGAGUUUCUAGUUUAGUAACUUAUUUUAUAACUGUCCCUUUUAAUACUUUAAAACAGUGUGUUAUUUUAUAGCUCUUGUGACAAUUGUUUAUAGUUAGCUUAUUCUACGCACAAUUUAUUUUUAAAUUAAUUAUUUUUUUUAAUUGCUAUAUUUGUAAAAUUUAAAUAUUAAAAAAAUGUUAAUCUUACACGAAUUGUUAAAAUGUAAAUUUGCUCUGUACUGAUUAAACUUUGAUUUUCACC